AUGCCCAAAUGCACAGAUCACCCGUUGGAUGUACCAAUCUUGGAAAAGGAAAUAGGCGGCGGCGGCAUCCGAGUACAUGGUCUACUGUUAUGUCUGGCGGGCGCCUCGACGAUAGUGGCAUCCUCCGCCUCCGCCUACCUCAUCUUCCGCCAUGCUUCCAACUACACCAACCCAAAGCAACAAAAGCUAAUCAUCCGCAUCCUACUCAUGGUGCCCAUCUACUCCAUUGCCUGCACCCUCAGCAUUGAGUUCUACAAGGAAAACGUCUACCUCGGCAGCAUCUACGAGUUUUACGAGUCCCUAGUCAUAGCCUCCUUCUUUCUGCUGCUAUGCCAGUAUCUGCACCCGGACCUGACGAUGCUCCGGCGGGUAUUCCAAGUUGUCGACCCGAAACCAUGGAUCCAUCCGAUACGCUUCUUUGUCACCCACGUGGGCCGUAAUAAAAAGAGCCAAACUGUCGACGGAUUGAGGAGAUUCAAUAUUAUCUGGUUCGGCGUCUUUCAAUUCUGUAUCGUCAAGUUCCUCGGUGCGCUCACGAAGUGCAUCACUGAGGCUUUAGAUGUGUAUUGCGAAGAGUCAAAAAGUGCCGGCCACGCCAAAAUCUGGGUCAUGAUAAUCGAGAUCUUGUCGUUGGUUACAGCCAUGCUCUGCCUCUUCCAGUUCUACAACCAAACCAAUCAUGUGAUAAGCCACCAUAGGCCUAUGCUGAAGUUUGUAGCUAUCAAAUUGGUUGUCUUCCUCUUUUACCUUCAGACGUUCAUCUUUGACUUUCUCACGAGAAAAGAUGGUCCGAUUGAGCCGUCGGCGACGAUAUCGUACCCCUCGUGGGCUGUCGGUAUACCCAACACCCUUUUGUGUUUAGAAAUGGCCGCAGUUUCGGUCUUACACUUCUGGGCCUUCCCGUAUGACGUCUACAAAAAAGGUCCUUCUUCUAAGAAGACGUCAAACAAUAACCAAGACGACGCUCUGGACAUCGACCAAGAUUACACUAUUACCCGGAUAUCAGCGAUGCAAAACUGCGAGCCUCUAUACCAACGACCAGACAGCGACAACUUAACGGAGGACGGCAUCUGGAACGGACCGGCCUCCGCCCAUCGACAUACAGAGCCUAUUGGCAGCCACACCAGGGGUUCCCGCUGGCAAGCUUUGGUGGAUACCCUCAACUUUAUAGACAUCUUCUGGGCCGUCGCGGGAGCAUCUCGCUGGCUUGUCGGGAAGCGCCGCGAGGGGUCCGCCGCCUCAGACGCUGGAGGAGAAGCGCACCUUGGAUAUCACAGUGAGGUUGAUUUGGCAGGGCAGUCGAGAAGAUAUGAUUUCCCUGAGGCUUUGAUUAUUGUAGAAGGCCAGGCCUUUCGGGAUGUGUCGAGGCGAUAG